AGCUGUUUCAAAAGUUUCUACAGUCUGUUCCGCAACUUUCCCUUGAAAUGUCUUCCUAUAUUCAGCGGCUACGAUUUGUUUACGCAAUUCUCAUAUUUUACGGUUACAUUUUUGGUUGUAAAACACAAACUGUGCGAGAAAUCAAUAAUACAACCAAUGUGACCGUGGAAGAGAUACGUACAAAUGAUGGCCAAACAAUUCAAAUUACCACCACUAUGGAAGAAACUCACAUCGAAGAUACAAUAGGUGAGACAAUCUUAAGUAAUGAAUUUAAAAAUACAUUCAAAAACAACAGCGGUUCAAAUAGAACCAGUUCGACGGGAAGUGCGAUAAAAGGCUUAACCCGAACCCGUACGGAUUCGGAUUCGAAUUCGAAUAUACAAGUUAUUAAACAGGAAAAAUCACAGAAAACAUUGGAACAAGUAAAGGCCAGUUGUGUCUCGAAUACUGAUUCAAUAGAAACUUUCAAGUUACCUGGUUGGCCACCAUUUGAUGUACGUUGCAUCGGUGAUGCGAAAGGCAAAUGUCCGUGGGCGGUGAUUUUGGAGCGCAAAUCUCCCACAGACAAUUUCGAUUUUGGCUGGCCACAAUAUCGUAACGGUUUCGGUGAUCUCAACGCAGGGAAUGGCUAUUUUGUGGGUUUACAGAACUUGUACGCUCUGACGCAAUAUCAAAAGCAAGAAUUAUAUAUUUCGAAGCGUUUCGAGAAGGAGGACUUAGUGAAAGAGGAGUAUGCGAAUUUUCAAAUUGGUGAUGAGAGCGUCUACUAUGCGGUAUUAAGCUUGAGCGUGCUUAAUAACAGUACAAUGAUUAGACACCUGCAAGUUGCUUCGAAAUUCACCACAAAAGAUCGACAUGUCGACGAGCGGUUAGCGGUAUGCCCAAGAAAUUUGGGCAUGGGUUGGUGGUAUUCCGACAAAUGUUUACAAUCUACCAAGCUGCGUAGCGUAUGGGCUUAUGUUAAAGCGCCGACCAUUAUGGCUGUGAGACCAAACAAAUGUCAAAAUGGUAAAUUUGUAAAUAAUCUUAUGCGGUGAAAUUGUAUAUAGAUAUCUUAAAAUAAAAGCAAAAUUUAUUAAUAUAUGCUAUAUGUCCCAUGUAAGA